AUUCACUAUGUAUUGCAGUCAUUCAAACAACUCAAGUCGUAUCUUAUAAAGACUUAAUUUAGUAUUAUUAAAACCAUAGGCUAAGAACAAUAGUGUUGACCAGUAAAACAAAUUCAGUAUGACACGGAAAUGUAUUUUACUAGCUUUAAUUUUCUGUUUAAAUGCGAUUUUGGGACAAACAGCGCAAGAUUGCUUAGGAAAUGAGGCUCCUGGAGAGACGAAAACACCUACUUUGUUUCCAAUUUAUCCGUUUCAUCCAGAAAGAGACGCUGCUAUUUUACGAGCAGCCAUGUACGGUAUUGGUACUAAUGAAGACGACAUUAUCGAAGUUUUGGCCAGCAGAACUAAAGAACAAAGGCUGAAAAUUGCCGAAAAGUUCAAAGACCUUUAUGGGAAGGAUUUAUUAAAAGAUUUAAAAUCGGAAACAUCAGGAGACUUUAAGCGAUUGCUUAAAGCUAUGAUGACUCCACCAGCUGAGUACUAUGCUAAUGAAUUAAACCGUGCGAUGAAAGGAGCUGAUACAGAUGAAGAUGUUUUAAUAGAAAUUUUAUGCACCAAAGCAAACCACGAGAUUGUAGCUAUUAGGAGAGUGUACCAAACAUUAUACAAAAACAGCUUAGAAAACGAUUUGGUUGCCCGUACAUCCAACACUGCUCAAAGACUGAUGGUAUCUCUCUGCAAUGUCUGCCGAGAUGAUGAUAACAUAACAGACAUAACUGAAGCCAGAAAUGAUGCUGAAGCUCUAGCAAAGAUUGGAGUACUGAAUUUGGGCGUUGAUCAAACCGCUUUGAACAAUAUUUUGUAUCAAAGAAAUUGGAAGCAACUUCAGUUAAUAUUCAAGGAAUACGAGAAAAUGACUGGUUACGAUAUAGGAAAAGUGAUUAAAAAUGAAUUUGCGGUCACUAGGUCUAUCAAAAACCAAGCCUCCUUUUUUGCUAGAUUGUUUAGGAAAUGUGUGAAAGGAUUUUUUGGUACCAAAGACAGGACACUAAUUCGAUUAGUUGUUAGUAGAUGCGAAGUAGACAUGAAGGAAAUUAAAAAGAUAUAUGAGAUCCAAUAUGGCGAAACAUUGGCUGAUGCAAUUAAAGGCGAUACUUCUGGAGAUUACCAAAAGUGUUUACUUAAGCUUAUAGGGGAAGGUGAUAAUCAAUGAGUGCAGUAUAAUUAUUAAUAAAUACUAUAUUAUUAU